AAAUGUAAGAAUCUACUCUUGGUAACUAUGCUAUAGGAAAUACAUUAGGUGAAGGUACUUUUGGAAAAGUUAAAAUGGGAACUCAUUUGUAAACUGGUGAAAAAGUAUUUUCAUUUUUAUAAUAUUAGGUAGCUAUCAAAAUUUUAGAAAAAGCCAAGUUUGAAGAUGAAAGUGAUGUAUAUAGAAUAGCCAAAGAAAUAGAAAUUCUAAAGAAGUUAAGACAUCCUCAUAUAAUUCAAAUUUAUGAAAUAAUUAACACAGACAAAGAAAUUUAUCUAAUAAUGGAAUAUGCUAGUGGAGGAGAAUUAUUUGAAUAUAUUGUAAAAAAUCAUAGAGUAUCAGAAAAAAUUGCAUGCAGAUUUUUAUUACAGAUUUUAUCAGGAGUUGAAUAUAUGCAUAAGAUAGGAAUAGUUCAUCGUGACUUAAAACCAGAGAACUUACUUUUUGAUAAUAAUUAAAAUAUAAAGAUAGUUGAUUUUGGAUUAUCAAAUACAUAUAAACCUAAUGAAUUAUUAAAAACAGCAUGUGGAAGUCCAUGUUAUGCUGCCCCUGAAAUGAUUUAAGGUUUGAAAUAUUCUGGUUAUUUAAUUGAUAUAUGGAGUUGUGGUAUUGUCUUAUAUGCAAUGCUUUGUGGAUAUCUUCCAUUUGAAGAUUAAAAUACUAAUUAACUAUAUAAAAAGAUAAUUGCAGGUGAAUUGGUGUUUCCAAAAUGGUUGUCAGCAGAAUCUAAAGAUCUUUUAAAAAACAUCUUAAACACUGAUCCAAAAAAAAGAUUUACUAUACCUUAAAUUAAAGGACAUAGAUGGUCAAAAGCUAUCAAAUUAGAGGAACAUAAUGGAAAUAUAGGAAGUGAUAAUAUUAUAAUUGAUGAAAUUAUUGUAGAAUAAUUGAGAAAUCUUUAUUAAAUAGAUCCAAAUCUAUGUCGAAAACUUGUUAAAAAAAAUAGACACAACAAUGUAACAACUCUUUAUUAUCUUUAAAUGUAAAAAAAUAAAAAGAAUAGAACAUAUAAUUACUUUAAAAAAGAUUAAGAAGAUUCAAUAACUUAAUCAUAUAUUCUGAACUCUUCAAUCUUAGAUUCUGUAAAUGCAAGCAAUAAUAAUACAUCAAGAUAAAAGUAGAACACUAAUAGCGGUCAUUCUCCUUAACAUCGAAUUAUGACUUAAAUCAAUAAUCGUCACUCAUCACCUUCACCUCAACCUUUGAAAUAAAUAACAAAACCAGACUCACCAAAAUAAUUUAAUAUCUAAUUAAAGAGAGAUAUCAUUAAAAGAGCUUAAAUUAGACCCAUAAUUCCUCCUAUGCUCAAACCAAUAUAUUAAGUUGUUAAUAACUCUAUUUCAAGCGUAGGUACUAAUGGAAAUACACCUUUAUAAACAAACAGAAAAACAGAAGAUUCUUUUUCAUUAGAUAAAGCAAAACCUAAAGUUUUUAUUUUAUUAUUAUCUUAGAUUAUUAAUAGAGAACGUGCUAUUAGUGCAAUUUCUGAAUAUACUCAACCCAACCAAGCUAAAAAUCCAUAACCGAAAAUUCAUAAAGGUGCUUUUAACUUUCAAUGUACUACUCAUAGAGAUCCUGUAGUCUUUGCUGCUGAGCUAUAAAAGAUAAUUACUUAAAUGUAAAUUAAAAUAUUGUAGGUACGAUUAUCAUUUAAAAGCUCAUCAGUAAAUUGAUCCAUAUGAGAUUGUGUGUUCAGCCAACUUAUGUCUCAAAUUCGAAAUUUAAAUCAGAAAAAUACAAAAUUGUGAUGCUCUUUAUCUAUUAAAGGCACACUAUAUUAGUGGAGAUUGGGAAGAAUAUCAGAAAACUUUAAACAGGCUUAUUUAAUUGCUUAAUUUUUGA